AUGAGUAGAAAAGAAAAAGAAUUAAAAGAAUAUAUUGAAAAAUCAUUAAAGGAAUUUGAAACUGAUGAUUCAUCAAUGGUUGUUGAAUAUAUAUUUGGUAUUAUUUCAGAUUCAUCAUCUAAUGAUGAUGAAAAAAAAGAAUCAAUUAGUGAAUUUCUUGAAUCAUUAACUGAAAAAGAUUCAACAUCAUUUUGUAAUGAAAUGUUAAUUAGACAUAAAGAGAUUAUCGAUGAUAAAGAAACUGAAAAUAAAUUAAAAUUAACAAAUUUAAAAUUAGAACAAGAAUUAAAAAUUAAAGAAACAACUCAAUCUGAAAUUAAUGAAGAAGAAAAAUAUGAAAAUCCAUAUCAUAAAAUGUCAAGAGAAGAACAAAAGAAAAGAGAUGCAUUAUUAUCAAAAUAUGGGUAUGAUGAAGAAGAUGUUGAUGAAAAUGGUGAUAUUAUUUUAUCUGAUCAUAUUGAAAAGAAAAAGAUUGAAGAUAAUAAGAUUGAAUCUGGUUUAGGUGAAAAUUUAAAUGCAAAGAGAAUCGCUGAUGAAGAGAAAGCAAAAAGAGAGAAAUCAAAGAUUGAACAUCAAAAAAAAGUUCAGCGUGAUAAAGAAGCUUUAGAAAAACAAAAAAGAGAUGAAGAAAAGAAAAAAACUGUUAAAAAAGAGAAAAGAAGAUUAUAA